CCCGAGCGGGGGUGGGGGGACGGAAACACCCGAGCGAGUGCGUGUGAGCCGGGCCGCAGGGAGAUGGUGGCGUCUCGGUGCUCAUGCCUCAGCCUCCCCCCUCGACAACGCAGCCAAUCAGCAUUUAGUUCUGCAGAGCCGCAGGGCGCGGGCGGCGCCUCAGGCUGACAGCAGGGAGGCAGUGGCGGAAGGGAGAAGGGGAAGCACCCCCGGAAGUGACGGUUGCCACGGUAACGGGGUCCCGGAAAGACGCGUUGCCGUGGUAGCCUGGCGAUGGAGCCGCGCCCGGGUCCCUCGGGGCCUGGAGUGGCUGAAGGGCCGCAGCUUGAGCCCCAGGGCGCGGGGGGACCGCGGUCCGUCUGCCCCUUCCUGACCUGGAGCGCCGAGGAAGUGGCUGAGUGGGUGGCGCAGCUCGGCUUCCCCCAGUACGAGCAAUGCUUCAGGGCCAACGGCAUCAGCGGCCGCCGCCUCAUCCAGGCCAACUGCUCCAACCUGCCCGCCAUGGGCGUCACGGACUUCGGCCACAUGCAGGAAAUUUCACGACACGUGCGAGAGCUGCUGGGGAUUGAGGAGCCUCUCUUCAGCAGAUCCAUUGCCCUCCCAUACAGAGACAACAUGGGUCUCUUCCUAGAGAGAAAGGCACCAACAGGAAAGAAGGCAGAUGCCCUCACUUUCUCACAGUUUGUCCAAAAAGCAGGACUGGAGCCCUAUACUACAGUUCCUUCUUUGCAAGGAUCCCAGACCAUGGUGGGAGUGGAUGCUCUCCCUGGACACAGGGACAUGCAGAGGCAGAAUUAGAGACUCAUGCUGAAUUUUUGCCUUUGUAAGAAGCCCAGCAGCUACAGCCACUGUACCCUUGUUACCUUGCAGAUUGUUCAAGGAGGUAAAGUUCCACCUUUACAUAAUUACAAAAAAUUGUGCACUGCACCACCACUGCAGCUCUUAGACCCAUUCUACAUUGUCUCUUUUCUGCAAUACUUCAUUUGCUUACAGGAGUUAAGUGAAGUGGAGGUUGUAGAUCAGACUGUACCAUUGUCUGUCUUUCACUUCUGCUUCACAGUUGAAUAAAAAAGACCAGAAAACAAUUAGGCAAAUAUUUUAGGCACAAGUGAUUGAUAAGAACUUCCCAGAUGCUCAAGUGAAUAGAUUUCUCCCAGGCUUCAGUGUCUGCAGACUGGGCUUGCUCUGAAACCCAGAUGUAAGAUAAAUGGCAUAUACAAUAAUUGGUGUACAGGUGUGGUGACAGCUGAUGUCAGCAAUCAUAAUUAAGCAAGGAGCCUAGGUGCAACAUGCAUAACUAAUCCUUGGCCUCACCUCAGAGGUCAGUAAAUGAUUUCCUGCGAGGCAAAACCAGGCAGGCAGUGUUUUAUUAUGGUAAACAGUACUGAAACACAUGAUACAUGGUGGCAGAAAGUACAAAAGAACAUUGA